AUGGAGACGUCGCCGAAAGCGGGGAGUGCCGACGUGGACCUCUACGUUCUCGAAUACAUAGUGAACAUGCGCUGGUUGCUCCGCUAUGCUGCCCAUGAGCUCGACCCGACCGUAGAGCAGCAGUACCCCGACUUCGUGGCGCAGGUGGUUCAGCUGGACAUGGUUCUUUCCAACACGGCGUUUGAGCACAGCUGCACACUCGGCGAUGUCCCCUUCGGCAUUGUGCGUCUCGCACGGGAGGCGGUGCUGUAUUUGCUAGUGUCCGAUCAUCUCCUAGGCGGGUGCCCGCCGACUAUGCAUCCGUUUCUGCAGCGGGCUGUCGUGGCGGAGUCGACCAGUGCAGCGCGCCGCUCCCCCCGAAGAGCGCCAGUGAGCGCCGACCUCAACGUGAGUUUUCCAAGCCACGGCGACGGCGACGGCAGGGACAGCGGUGUUUCACGAACGUUCCCAGAACUCGACGGCCGACCGCUGAAUUCCAUUGACCCUUCCAGCGAAGCGAUGCUGGAGCUAGCUGAAGUGGUAGCCCAGGGAAGGGAGGCGCAGGCGAUGCUACUCUUGCUGCGCUGGCUUUGCAGCGAAGGCGUACUCUCGGAAGACGACGUUUUGGCAACGGUUGAGAUGGACCGCACUGGUGACGGCAGCAUCAACACCCAGGCGAACACCCCAGCCCCUGCCGCGACGGGGUACGAGCAAUUUCGCCGGCAUCAGCGACUCGCGUGUCACCUGGCACAGAUGGUGCCGUUCUAUUUCGGCGCACACCUCCUCCUGUCGCGCUCGCUGCUCCUGCAGUACUGUUCAACGCUGCUCACCACAGACGCGGUGAUGCGCCACGUUGCCCACCUGCGUUCGGUCGUUUCAUGUGCUGCCCCACGUCUCUUGGCAGUUCCACCGCCGUCCAGCGUUGAAGGGGCCCUUCUCGAGUGGUUCCAGGUGAUUGUGGACUCGAUCAACGCAAGCAAAGACGGAGCUGUGGUCCUCGCACGCCUGCAAGACUGUUCGGCUCUGCGUGCCUUCAUUCAGCACGGACCAUUUUGCGAAGACGUGAUGGACCCGGCAGAUCGUGAUUUCUUCCGACUCGUGCAGAGCGGUGAAUCGGUGUGUGUAGCGCUGCUGUUCUACUACCCAGAUGCCGUCCCACUCGCAGAGCUUUCGACGGCUCUGCGUGCGGCGGAAAACGGUGUUGCGAGACGCGGAGACACCGACGCUGGGCUGGAGCAACUGCAUCAGCAUCUGUCGUUGUGCUAUUGGACCGCUAUCUUAGCGGCGGUUCGGCAGCUGGGUGUGUGGACGCUUUUGAGGGCUGAGGAGAUUGUCCGAUACGGUCGGACGGCCCUUCCGUUGCAUCUAUUCUGUCUCAUCCAGCAACUGUUUGCCGUGCUCGCCACCAACGCCGAGGAGGACGUGCGUGUGAGCGCUGACACGGCGUGGUGGGAGCAGAUGAAGAGCAGAGAUGGCCUGACGGAGAUGAUGCGAGCGACUGGGGCCGACGCCGGCACAGAUGCCCAAGAGUGGAGUGACAAGGCGACAACGACGAAGAGCAGCGCUGCCCUCUCCGGGGCGCAGCAGGUGCUCCGCAGAUCGAUGCACGACACGUUGUUGCCCCCCGUGUUCGCGGCACCUGACGCCAGUGGCGACGGCGCGGGAACCGAGCAGGUUCGCAUGGGGUCUGGCCAUGACGGGUGGCCGCAUGAAAGGUGCUUCGUUGCGCCGCCGUCCUCGACGGGGAGAGCGACGGAGAGUCUUGACACGGAUGAGUGCCGCGCAGUUCAGAACGGUGUCAACGUGCCAGCUACUGGGGAAGAUGACACCGACGGGGACACAACACAGUUCUCCAUCGAGGUUGUCCGUACACAGCGCGGAGUUCAGACCGUUUCGGGGACGGGGCCCGAGGAAACCCUCGAGACGGCUACGUCCGUGUUACGGCCGAUGGUGAAGUGGCGCGGUGGCGCGCUGACGUGCACGAGCGCCGCAGCUUCUGGAACAGCGACAACGACGAUGUCGUUAGACACCCUCACCGCUGUGCCGGCUGCGAACCUCCACGAUGGACAGCGGCGGACAGAUUUCCGAGCUGCUGUGUUUGGGGCACACGUCGUGGAUACAUACGCUCGAGCCGAGGAGGAGUGUGUACCGAACUCGCGUGCCACAGCUGCAGGUGACCUCACUGCGCAGCCCGCGCUUGUGCUGAGCGAGCUCCGCCCGACGUGUGCGGACGCGCUGCUUCACACGAGAGCGGUGGACGCUGUCCUCCACCAGAGCGCAACCGCCGUCUACGCGAAACUGCCCACCGCGACCACAGUGCUGGUCGACGUGCCUGUUGUGACGGCGCCAGCGCCUACGAAAAGGCUUUUCAGGGAGCGAGACCACGCGGAGUCGUCGUUGCGCAGUGCUGGUAGCAGCUACAAGGCCAACAGAGAUGCCCCUGUGGUGAUCCAGCCUGCAGGGGUUUCGCGAGGUACGUCAUCGAUAAUAGCGUGCGCGGUUGAGCUGUCUAUGAGCUCCUCGCUGACGGAGAGCUCUGACUUUGUUAUGCGGAAGGCGCCGUUAGAUCCCAAGGAGGCAAAUGAGGCAGCACGAGAAAUCUCCGACAGCGGUGACUUCUCAGACUCGAAGCAUAUGUCGGCGGCGACGACGGAUUUCCAGUGCACAACAGAGGAGUCUCCUUCACGGCAGGUGUUCGCUGCUGGAAUGGGCACUGGAGAGCCAACUGCCGUGUUGAAUAGUGCGAUGCCGCGCCCUCUGCUGGCGAGCACCACCGUGACCAGCGCCAUCAUCCCUGCUGCGCGGAUGGUCCUGUUUCCCACGCACGAUGCCGAGGAGGGGGUUGAGGAUCCAGAGACCCACGCGGCUGCCCCGAGGCGGGUCUGCGAUGCAACGUACGCAGACCUGUCGUCUUCGAUGGGUUCGUCGCCGACUACCAGGGGCAAAGCUACUGUCGCCGCGCAGCGCUCUGAUGCAAGCGCCGCGCAUGUGCUCAGUAGUCUCGCUCCUGUUGGAGGCUCAGCAAGGUCCCCACCAAAGGCGUCUACGAGCUCUCUUCCCCGCGCGCGCGAUUCACGCAGCUCACACUCGCGUAAGUGCCCCCGAGUGACGGGCAUAGCAGUCGAAGACGAAUCCAGGCUACUCUUCCGCGACGAAGCAGAGACCUGUGCACGCGACAUCAGCAACGGCAGACCUUUUUCACCUCCGCCGGAGCAGCUAGAGCCGCUUCAGACGCGAUGGAAAGAUCGCCAGACCAGAAUGGCAGUCGUAGACCACGCCACGGUGGCGUGUGACUUGCCUACGCCGUUGUCCCACGAGCAAACGCUCAGGCAAGCGGACGGUGAUGCAGUGCCCACCAUGACUGGAGAGGACACAGAAAAGUACCGCGCCCUGCCCCCCAGUAUGUUGUCGCCUUCCCCGGUCUGCCCCGUCUCGAGUGCCCGCAGAGGUCAUGAACACGCCGGUGAUGGAAUGCGAGAUGAUAACACCCCCCAUCGAACGGUGAGCGAAGGAGCCAACUCCCUCGAGGCGUCGCCGAUGCCCCUGGUGCUGACGCGCAGUCUCUCCGAAGUCUACGGCACCGAUUACGCUUUGAUGCUCGAAGACAUGGCUGCAUCCGAUGUGGAUCUUCUCCGUCGUCGCCACCGCACCACAGAGGAGAGCUGGUACUCGAGUGCAUCGUGGCCGUACCACCGCAGCUGGCACGGUGCCGCCGAAUCUCUCGCGAGCGCCAUAUCGUCAACGCAGAACACCGCACAAGUGCGAGAGCUGCUGGAUCGCUUGACAGGGAUCAGCCUGACAGAUUUGGCAAACAAGGACAAGCAAGAGCUGUACAGUGCCCUGGCGCAGCAGCAGGCAGUGGCCAAUGAGCUGAAGACUGCGCUCCACGGCGGGCGAACUCGCGUGGGUGGCAGAGGGCAGUUCAACAACGCAACUCACCGACCAGUACUCCGCAGGCGCAAAGCGCAGCUGCGGCCACCACUGGAAGAAACGGACGACCGAGGCAAGGACGCGCUUGUCCAGGCAGGACGAGCUGUUCGGCGCAAGCCGCGCGACACGUUCGGCGAAGGCGCAGGCACGCAGCGCAGCUUAAUGUCUCCCAUGACGGCAGAGUCUGGCGGCUCUGCCGCGCACACGGUGCAGAGCGAUGUCGAUGGGCAGCUGGCCGAUACGGAUGUUUCAUCGCAGGUGAAUGAGUCACUUCGGUUUCCAGCCUUCACGAGUCCGCUGGCGUCCGCGUAA